AUGUCAGAGAAGCAAACUGUGGCGGUGGACCUUCCACCUCAUCAGCCGGAUGAUCCGGAUUACUAUUUGGAAGAGGUUGCCCAACAGAAUGCCGGUUCUGAUUCCCUCAGUAUUCCGGUAAGUCUCGGUAUCAAUAUGGCUUUUCUUAUUACCAUGAAUACUUUACAAGCCCCAGUUAAUCGCGUGUUUCUACUGCAGUGUGUGGAGGGAAAACUUAUUCAGAAUGGACGACUCCCACGUGAGGGUUUCGGUGGUAUUCGUGGAUGUGUUUAUUAUAUUGUUAGAAAAGAAGGAUUCUUGGGUCUGUUUCGUGGUUGUCUUACAGAUAUGAUUUAUUCCUCCAUCUCGUAUGUUGCUCAGGUGUUGGUCGCCACUGGAAUUUCACAAAUACAACGACGAUUGGUACUUAUCUCUUGGCCUGCCGCAUUAAUGUGGGGAUUUGCCGCACCUGGAUUACGACUUUUAAUUACCGCACCCAUUGUGGAGUAUAAAAACACCGUUAUGUGUAACUACGUUGCGGAUAUUGUAGCACCUAAUGAAUCUGAAACCAUAUCAGAGGGAGAGGUGGAAGAGGCAUACCUCUACAGUUCUGCACGGGAAGCCGCAACAGCAGUAAAGAGUCGUUUUGGAUGGAAAGGACUUCACUUUAACGGUGUAGAUGUUGAUAUCGCUUCUGUAUAUGUACAGAGUCUUACCACACAAUUGUUGGGUAUAUUUGUAGUUCCAAGUGUAAUACGUAUUUUUCAACAACACAUUACACAACCUGGAAAACAAGUUGCUGCUGUUAUCACUAUGGGACUUGGCGUGAGACUUCUUUGUGGUGUUAUCUUCCAACCCUUUCAAGUUAUACGUGCACGGAUGGGACUUCUCUCUACAAAAGAAGUACAGAAACGCAAGAAAAAUCCCUGGUUUUGGCAUCACGCCAAAGAGAUUGUACGGCAAGAUGGUGUCACUGCAUUAUGGUCGGGAUUACGUUUACGUUUCUUGAGGGAUAUGGGUGGCGUUCUUUUUGAUGCCGUUUUUCUGUGA